AUGUGCCAAAACGCAGUAUCGAUGGUGAUCUACGAACUAAUCUACGAACGACAGAAAACUGCUAAAAUGUGCGCUCUCCGAAACUACAAUAAGCACAAGUGCCUCAACACGAAAAGGGAAUACCGCAAACUGAACUCUGCUUAUAAGAAACUCAGCAAACGUUGCUAUCUAACAUAUCUGAACCGGUUACAGCGAAAUUUCAAGAGCAGACCAAAGUCGUUCUGGAAGUAUGCCGAAAACCAGCGAAAAGAAUCCAAACUUCCGUCCCAUAUACACCUGGACGGCGAUAUUGCUAGCGCUGACCCUGGAAUCUGUAAUCUGUUCGCUGAGAAAUUUUCGAUCAUUUUCACGAUCGGGCCCAUCUCUGUAGAACAACUGACCAGGGCUGUUAGUAAUGUCUCACCUCUAGGCUCUUCUCAAAAUGGUAUUCUCGUCGACGAUGCAGCUAUCUUAAAAGCAACCGUCAAACUCAAAAACUCUACUUCUAAGGGCCCGGAUGGAAUACCAGCUACUUUUAUGCCGUUUAUGCCACAUCUGCUAACACCUAUUAGGCAUAUAUUUAAAGCAUCGCUGGGCGGCGCAAUCUUCCCCGCUUUGUGGAAAGAAGCAUAUAUGUUUCCUGUUUACAAAAAGGGAGAUAAUAAAGAUAUUAACAAUUACCGUGGUAUCUCAGCACAGCUGUGUGCUAUUGCAAAACUGUUUGAGCCGGUUGUGUUGGAUCCCAUUCUGCAAGCACCACUUUUCAAACGAUCAGCACGGUUUCAUGCCUAA